AUGGGUGACCAGGAAAAAAAGAAGAAAUCAGUUUCCUUUCAAAAGGGAGAGCUUCAGUGGGGGCUGGUGAACAACACUGGGCGGUCUGUACCCAGUGGUUCCACAGACCGGAUGCAGUUAGAGAAUUUCAAUAAGGUUCUGGAUGUGAAUUUGAUGGGUGUCAUUGAGGUGACCCUCCAGUUCCUCCCAUUGCUGAAGAAGGCUCGGGGGCAUGUGGUGAAUGUGGCCAAUAUUGUUGGCAGGCUUUCUGUCACUGGAGGAGGCUACUGCCUGUCCAAAAGUUGCACAAAAUUCUUUUCCAACAGCCUCAGGAAGAACAGGCAACCGUUUGGCAUCAAAAUGACCAUUACUGAACCUGGAUACUUCAAAACAGGCCCAACUCAGAUGGAUGUUAUUGAAGCCGACCUCAGGAGGCCGUGGAACUGCUUCCCACAAGAUGUCAAAGACUUGUAUGGAGAGACACACAUCAACAACUAUGUGAAAGCGUACGAGUUCACUAUUAACAUCCUGUGCAGUUCAGAUAUCUCCAAGGUAACCAGUCAUAUGGAGCACGGCCUGAUGUAA